UGGUAGGCAGCCUACACAGUUGAAGCAAGAUCGGAGCUGUAGGGAAAAGAUCUACUACAUGUAAACUGUGCCUGCUUCCAGUGUAGCGAGCGAUGAGGUUGUAACAGCCUGGUGUUAAAAGUGUGUCAAGGAGCAGCCGAUGUCGCAUCACCUGGAUCUCGAGCACCACCAUCACCACCACCACAACCACCACCAAGGUGGCGACGAGAGCACCCCCUCGCCGGCAUCGCCAGAGGGCGAGCACGGCGCAAGCCACCAUGGGGCAGGCCAGCAGGGGCACCACGGGGGCUCGAUGCACUCGAUGGUGAUGCACGGGGGCUACAGCGAGACGGUGCUCUUCUCGUGGUGGGUCAUCGACUCGCCGACCAGCUUGGUGGCGUCGGUGCUGGGCACGGCGCUGCUGGCAGCUGUGUUCGAGGGCCUCAAGUACUACCGCGAAUAUCUCUUCUGGCGGAGCGUGACGGCAGCCUCGGGCCCGGAGCGCGGGGCACUGCCGCUCCUACCCGUAGAUGGCGCCGCCGAUGCAGAUGCGCUACCCAGGAGUCGGUCCACCGUGUCCGUGCGCAGGGCCAGCGGCAUGCUCGAUCGGCUGCACCUCAUCCAGACCGUGCUGCAGGCGCUCCAGCUGCUGCUCUCCUACGCACUCAUGCUCAUCUUCAUGACCAUGAACGUCUGGCUCUGCUUCGCGAUCCUGGUCGGCGACUGCCUCGGCUUCUUCCUCUUCGCCUGGAAGAGACCCACUGUCAUAGAGACCAUGGACACGUGCCACUAGGCUUCCUACAACACAAACAGGCGGUUCCGGGCUUCUCAUCUACUGAACUCCUGUGCAGUGUCUCCCUUGAAGACGAAACUCCCGUUUUGUUGAUCCUGCAAUCAGCUGUGUGUCGAAUGGAAAAGAACUGCUGGACACUUGUCACUAGGGUACAGGCCUCCCAGUCAAUUUGCAAUUAGCUUAAUACCACAGUCAGUUCUAUGGUUCUUACACAGUUUCUUUUUUCUGAAGAUGAAACUCCUCUUAUCUGGAUGCUGCAACCAGGUCUGCUUCGAAUGGAAGAGAACCGUUAUCUUCGAGACCAUGAAUACUUGGCUCUAGGUUAUGUGCUCCCCAAUGCGUCUACAAGAGCCCACGUACCCCAUAGAUGUACAAUUUCUCACCUGAAGACGAAACUCCAAUUUUUCUUGUACGACAUCCAAUUACUCAUUGAAUAAAAGAUACCUAUUGUUAUAGGGGCCAGUGACACCUGCCACUAGCCUACAAGUUACUCAUUGCACGUGGAGAAGACUUACUGUCUCGCGACUGUGUUCUCGGCUUCUCAUGACCAAAAACCUUGAAGAAAAACUCCAGUUUAUUGACCUUGCACACAGCGUUACUUCGAAUGGGAGACACCUACCGUCAUAUAGGCCACGGACACUUACCACUAGUUUGCAGCUAGCUUGGUGGACAUACAAGAAGAUUACCAUCACGCAGAUGUUACUUUCUGGGCAUCUCACUUGAAAAACGCCUAUGUAUUUUCUCACCUGAAGACGAUGCUCCAGAUUUGAUAUUCCUGCACUCAACUUUAUUUUAAGGAGAACUACUGUCUUCGUGAACAUGGACAUUUGGCUCUAAGCUAGAGAUGCCCAAUGCUCCUACGAGAAUCUUGUCCUGAAAAUUAAACUCCUAUAUUUCUUGUGCUGCUCCAGUUUUAUAUGGAAUGGAAGAUACCUAUUGUCAUAGAGGCAAUGGACACAUACCCAGUGUGCCUGCAGGUGGCUUGCUACCAUACAGACAGUUGAUUGUGGGUGUCUCACGUAGAGAUUCCCUGUGCAGCUUCUCGCCCGAAGAUGCAACCCUUGUUUUCGUUCUGCUACACUGAACUUUUUAGGAAUCGAUGACAUGUAUAUAAUUAUGCUCUCAGCGCUGAAGAACGUCGGUGGCUGCGAAGACUUUUCGCCCUCCACCGAAAUCAGGUCAGCGUCGCCGUUGCGAUAUUUUGUUGUACAUGUUAAAGCCUGUAUAA